UUCCUCCAAGCCAACCUCCACCACAGCGAAACGGCGACGGCGCAGAUCCGGAAGUGGUUGGAGGACAACACAACAGCCGUAAUUCUGAUCCAGGAGCCGUGGGUCAGAAGGGGCUCUGUCUGCGGACUCCGCAACUUAGGAGGUAAGCUAACAGUCUACUCGGGCCCGGACAACCCCCGGGCUUGCAUCUACACAACCAAUAACAUACAUGCGCAACCUCUAACGAGCUUCUGUUCCAGAGACCUGUGCGCUAUAAAACUGCACGGGGCGCAAGACUCCAGCCUGCAGGAGGUGGUAGUAGCCUCUGUGUAUAUGCCGGAGGCUGAAGAACCACCACCGCACGACAUGGCAAGGCUGGUCAACUACUGCGAAGAGGCAGGGCUCGAGCUCAUCGUGGCCACCGACUCGAACGCGCAUCACCCCCUAUGGGGGAUGGAAGCAGGUAACGAGAGAGAUAGCCCCCUCUGCAGAGCGUGCAUGGAGGAGGAGGAGACAGCCGCCCACGUCAUUCUUGAAUGCCCAGGGGUGGCAGAAUACCGGGCACAAUACCUCGGUUCCCCGGGGUCUCUCCCAGAAGUCGUCGGCAACAUCAAGGGUCUGCUAGGCUUCCUGGUAGAGUUGGGUUGGCAGGAGUAGUGCCGUCAACCCACCAUCACGCAAAAUAGGCGCGAAUUGCGACGUCGAGUUGCGGAAACCCAGCCCGCGAAUACGAAUAACGAAUA